AUGGAGUACUUUGCUCCCCAGCUGCAUGCCGAGCAACAAUCGACACUCUCCCUGCGUGCAAGCCAGUACCGCAAGAAGCGCAGGAACAGGCACCACGACGAGCAAGACGAUGACGAGCACUCGUCCUCAUCUUGCUCGGGCUCUGAUGUUGACAAGAAGUCACGCUCGCUACGAUCAAACGCGCAUUCACACCCUUCAUUUGCCUCAGCCGAGCUAGCACAGCUACGUGUCGCAGGUCUAUUGCCCGAGGAAGAGUAUAGAGCGCCUUCCUCACCGUUUCCUCACGCACCUGCAAGGGUCUCCAAGCCAUACCUAGGCACAGCUAAGAUCCAGAAAGAGCUUGCUGGGCCACCCUCGCGUCUGUUCACGGUCAACAACACUGCGACACAAAGUGACCAUGCUAGUAGCCAGACAGAGGCAAGUAAUCUGAGGAGAACACACCUCAAUGUGCUAUCCACUGUGAUGCACCGAUGUUUACUCGAAGGCGACUACGACCGUGCUGGCAGAGCAUGGGGCAUGAUCCUGAGGACUCAGGCCACGCACGGCAGCACGGUGGAUCUUCGCAACCACGGUCGCUGGGCCGUUGGCGCUGAGAUCUUACUUCGUCGAAAACCUCAAGGUGUAGCAAGCAACAGUCGAGACCAGCCAGAUGGUGCAGCAGACACUGACACUGACACUGACACUGACACCGACAUCUUCAGCGAACAAGGGUUUGAGCUCGCAAGGGAGUAUUACGAACGCCUCAUCGUGCAGCAUCCUACUCGCAAACAAGCACCUCACGCCGUGGACCAGAGGAGCUUCUACCCUGCCAUGUUCUCGCUCUGGAUCCAGGAAGUCAACGAGAAGAGCAAGCGCGCAAGGAAACGGAACAUAGAAGAUGCUCGGCGGUCACGGUCCAGGAUUAUGUCCAUCGACAGCGGCGAUGGCAAAAGUAUGGGCGACGCUCGAGCCCGCGAGGACGCAGUUCAGGUCGAAGAACUCGCCCAAGCUAGGGAGCUUGCCGAACGACUCGACGACCUGGUCAAAUCCCCGCCGUUUGACAAACAAGCCAGCUUGUUGCAACUUCGUGGAAACGUUGCACUCUGGAUCAGCGACCUGAUAGUGGGCAACACAGCUGCUACAGCCAUGGACGAGUGGGAUGUGUAUCCCAUCAGCAAAGAAACACCGGCUGCUGAGCAGGCUACCAGGUUCAGCAAUUGUCAGCGGGAGCUGCAUACAGCGCAAAACUACCUAAGCCGCGUGGAAGAGAAUGGAGGCUCUCGACAGUAUCAUACGUUGGAGAAGAUCGAGAGCCGAUUGAAGGAACUACAAAAACAAAUCACCAAGCUCGAAAUCGAUGGCGAGGAUGACACGAAUGUCUCGAUGGAGGAGGGUUGGUGA